AUGUCGGACAGCGUGCUGGUGGUCCUCUCUCAGCGCCCCCAGGACUUCGCAGUCUACCACCUGCUGCACUUGACACAUGACCCUCCGCUACAUCCCGCGCUCGCGAGCCCCCCGACCACCCGGUUCAGCUGCGCCGGCCGACAGAGGGGGUACUACGCUGACGUGGAGUCUGGCUGCCAGGCAUACCACUUCUGCUGGCGCCAGCAACUCGUCAGCACGGAUCUCUGUUCUAAUGGAACUCUCUUUAACGAACAAUUUCAAGUGUGCGACCACUUUUACAACGUCCGUUGUGGAUCUCCCUAUGAAGACUUGUAGUAUUGAAAUAGGAAAUUAUUUCCUUACCUUCUGUUAAUUUUGAAUUAAGAGUAAUUAUUAAAAGCUUUUAUUUAUUAAAAUAUUGAAGCU